AUGUUCCCAGCAAUCCGUGGAAAUGGUGCGAUACGACGGAAUUAUGUAUAUCCUCGUAUAGUGUGCUGGUUUCAUAUUAGGAGGUUAACUUGGACGAAAGUCUACGAUCUUUUUGAUGUAGAUCAGGACGAGGCGCAUCAACAAAAAAAAAAAAUGAUUGCCUCAGAUGUUGAGGCCUCUACUCCACAUUAUUUGUCAUAUAUUACUAGUCUGAAUUGUGAAUCUUCUGGAGUCCCUUCUUCUGUACGCUAUAACAUUAGAAAUGAUGUAAGGAAUGAGGAUAUGGUAUAUACUCCACAGAAAUCAAAUCGAGUUAACGAUGAUGAUCAUGUUGGUAAUCCACCAGAGUAUGAUUCUAGAAAACAAAUCGCGAAGGACAUGAAGAAGAAAAAAAAGGAGGUUGUUGCUAGCGACAUUGUGGAUACGGAAAAUCAUAUACCCAGACCUCCUGUUGUUAAAGAAGGUCGUCCAAUUAGGCAAUUGAAACCUUCUCAAUAUCUUAGUUCUCCUUACAUUUUGGUUCAAAAUGUCCCCCGAUAUCGUACAGGUGGGGUAAUACACAAUGAACAACCGCCCCCGUAUUUGUCAGCGAUCCCUCGACACUUUUAUUGGAGCCGUUUACUUUUCGAUAUGCAUCAACCCACAUCAUUGGUACUUCACGAGUUAUGGAUGGACACACUAUCAUUGAAUUUGCACGACAGCUUCCAAGUAUUUGGCGCCGUGAAGAUUAUUCAUUUUGUGCGCUUUGAAGAGCUUAUGGACCGCAUUCCGGUGGAAAUUGGGUAUUGGAACCACAUGGGUUUGCCUGUUCUGAAAGCAUCCAUCACUGUUGCGGAUGUUACGGACGUGCCCUAA